CUGAGCCAACGGGAGCAGUGCAACAAGGACGCCCUUUGUUUUCUUCGCUGACCGGACACCGCUAUACGAGGAAGACCUGCUGAACCGCACUCUGAUUGGUCGAUGUCAAGUUGUCAGGCGUCACGGUGUGGAGAGAGGGGGAGUGUACCAAAUGCAGGACUCGCAGGCAGAUUGAAGAUGUGGAUGGUAUUUAUUUGGAAGGCUGGACGGACGUAAGCUAACUGAAACUGAAAGACUGGCUGACUGAAGUAGACCGGGAAACACACACAUGGAUUAGACGAUGACAAGACAAGGAACGGAGAGAAACUGAGGGUUUAAAUAGACCGGCUAAUGAUGACAAGAAACAGGAUGUUGCGAUGGCUGGUUUGUGGUCGGCUGGGUCCAGUUUGGAUGUGGAAAGCGCUGCUAUUCUUUGUGGCCAUUGCUUUUGCUACCCAGCUGCUGGGAAUCAUCUUCAACAAGAGCAGUACCCAACCAGCUGCUCACUCCAUCUUUUCAUCCCCUGAUGCCCAGGGGCCGUCUCUGGGCUCCUGUCAGCCCCACACUCACAUCAUGUUCCUCAAGACCCACAAGACCGCGAGCAGCACAGUGCUCAACAUGCUGUACCGCUUUGGAGAGGAGCGCAACCUUCGCUUUGCCCUCCCACUGGGCUACCAGCUGGGGUACCCACUACCUUUCAAUGCUCACAGAGUCAAAGGUUAUCGAGGUCCCCGAGCCACGGAGUUUCACAUCAUGGCCAAUCACAUGAGGUUUAAUAGGCCAGAGGUGGAGAAAGUGAUGCCUGCAGACACAUUCUACUUUUCUAUCAUCAGGGAUCCUGUCGCUCUGGCUGAGUCUUCGUUUGCUUAUUACAAAGAAGUAGCUCCUGCCUUUCGGAAGGCAAAGGGGCUGGGCGACUUUGCCGACGACCCCAAUAAAUACUAUGACCCUCGUCUUCGCAACAACCACUAUGCCCGCAACCUGCUUUGGUUUGAUUUUGGCAUGGACAAUAAUGCUAAUUUCUCAGUGGAAUUAGCUCAGCAUGGUGAGGCCAUGAUCCGCCAGACAUUCAGACUGAUUCUUGUGUCCGAGUACUUUGACGAGUCUAUGAUCCUGCUGAGACAUGCCCUCUGCUGGCCACUGGAUGCUGUAGUCUCAUUUAGCCUUAACGCUCGGCAGCAAAAGCCCAGCAGCAACAGCGUAAUGGGCGGAAGCUGGGUCGGCAAAGCUGCCGUAGCGGCUGGCGUCGGUGCUAGAGCUGGACGCUCACAAGGCAAGAUGUUGCCCAAUCUGUCGCUAACAGACCAUCAGCGGGAGAAGCUACGCCAAUGGAACGCCUUAGAUUGGUACCUAUACAAAGCCUUCAACCGCACGUUCUGGGAGGAUAUCGACAAGUUUGGUCGUGCCCAGAUGGAGCAAGAAGUAGCUCUUCUCAGGAUGCGGCGGGAAAUUCUGGGCCGAGUUUGUCUAAGGGAUGGUGGGAAGCCCGUAGAAGCGUACCGGAUACGAGACAAAAAUAUCCGACCCUUUCAGAGCGGAGUAGUAAAGAUUCUUGGAUACGAGCUCCAGCCGGGUCUCGACAAUGCUACCAGGACGGCCUGUCUGAGGAUGAUUAGGCCCGAGAUCCAAUACAAAGAUUUGCUGGAUAGUAAACAGUUCCCACGGUCUGUCCAACCCCAGCUGGGACAGCAGGGACAGGGACUGCUAGCAGCUGGUGGUGCUUUUGGAAGACAUGAUUCAUCUAGGACAGGAGAGAAAAUGAUGAUGGGAGAAGCUGAGAUGGAAAGAGAAAGAGACUGGGAUGGAAGCCGUAUAAUGAAGAGAAACCAGACUUUAAAAGGAGUGCGAGAAAAAGAAAGGUUGAGAUAGUUUAAGGUGAGUUACAUGUUACCUUUGAUUUGCGAGGGGAAACGGACCAGAGACACCUGAGCCAAAUUUAGUUUACAUGUGAGAAAGAAAAAAGCUUCUCUGCAGCACUUCCAGUUUUCUGUCUUUUCCUGAACACACUCUCUGGUUUGGUAUGUUUUCAUCUUUGGCAAUGUUGGCAAUUAUUUUGUAUGAGUGACAGUCUAUUUUAUUAUUGGAACUGCAUUUUCUUAUUGAGCUGUGUUAAUGCUUAAAUUAAAUAAAAGGUACAAGCUGUCCCAAGGUUACAGAGGAGGGGUACACCGCUCGGGUCUUGUGGCUGAUCCGACAGAGUGUCUUUAGUGACGCAGGCGGAGUUUGUCUUGCUUGACAGUACCACAGAAACCAAGACAUUGUUUUCAUGCAAGAUUAAAUUUUAGGUUUGUUCCAGUAUUAACAGCUGGUAUUGAUUUCAAAUGAUCGCUUCCCUGCUCAACUCUUGUUUUGUAUUUUAACACACAGACUGCUUUUUUACAUAAGCUUGCCUUUAAACACGGCUCAGAGACAGUAAAUCUCAUCUACAGGAGAAGUCUGCAGACAGCAGCUGUGGUGGUACAGGUACAUCUUCCAGGUGAAUUUAAAAAAAUUCACUUUUAGGCAGGAUUUUAAAUGUUUUGAUUUUCAUCAGGUUUGUGUAAUGAUUUUUUUCCCAGUGAAAUUAAGGUAAUGCUUCAAAAUAAGUGCCUGUGGGCGUGUCUCCUGAAACACCACAGGCUUGUUUGUGCUGUUGAGUGGUGAGUCUGGACUCUAAAAGCUAUUUCUGGAUUAUGAGUUUCAGUUUGUUUACAUUUAUGAAAACACAUCUUUUAGCUUUAGACUAAGAUUGCUACAUUGUUUCAGAUCCACACUUUCAGCAACAUUAACCACGUCUUAGGAACCUGCAGAAGGCUCAUAGCUCGCUGUUGUUUCCAGUGACUCACAGCAGUCCCAGUUUCAUUUUGUCAUUGACCUGCUCUUCCAUACUGAGGUCCAAAGUUACAUUGGGCACGUGCAGGGCCAGCAUGCUUACCUUUGCCUCCUUUCUGAGGACGCACCUGUGGAAGGAAAGUAGAGUCACAGACCAUAUUAGCAGUUUGUUAGCAGGUAAAGUGCUAACGCUAGACGACUGCUUCAGUUGUGUUCUUCACCAACUGCUGUCCGUACAGUCUAACACAGACUGAAAACCACGUUUCUUUGAUUGCAUAAGAAGCGUCACAGAGUGGGUUCACUGACAGUGUUGACCCAGCCUUAGUGAGGGUCAUCCCUGCAUGCGAGGUAGCACAGGUGACAGACAGCGUCAGACGUGACUGCAUGCAUAUACAUGAAAUAUGCAUGCGCCACUUUGUUUUUAAAUGAACCUCCUUACAACAGGUUGUUUCCUAGAUCAUAGGUGUUCGUUCAUUGUUGAAAGUAUUGAAUUUAUUGCCCAGUGUCAAACAUUCGAUCGUCUUGUUCUCCGUCCAGAGUCGGCCGCCCUAUACAGUGUACAUCUGCUCACCUCAGCAGUGGCCCGUAAGGGAGAUUCAGGCAUACUGUGUUUGAGCGGCUAUCUCCUCUGAUGAAAGGAUAUUAUUCAUCUUUUACAGUCAGUCUGUUUAAAGAGAGUCAAAGCGACGACUAAUACUGAACAACGUCUUCAAAUCAAAGGGACAUAAGGUGUUUAUUUCCCUUCACUCAGGAAACCAGUGGUUUAUUUUAUUUUACUCUAAAUCUCUGACUUUCUCUUCAUUCAUAAAUAAGCCAUCAUUAACAGUGAAACUCUUGAAAGUACUGCUUCAGGAGUGUCACAGUCCUGUCUGGGAUCUCAACAGUCGCGCUAAUUAACAUGUGCUGGAUAUGACAUCCAGAAAGGUCUCUGGAGUUCAAGCCUAUGCAGACGUUUGGAAGGACAGAAGCUGCUGCUUUGUUACAGCAGCAGUGUGUGCACGGUUGGCAGGAUGCUUCUGUGUUACAGCAGCGUAACUGAAGUAAAUGGUUUCCUUUCCCGUGGUUUCCAAGUCACGCCGCGUUGACUUCACUGAAAGAGACCUUUCUGUCUUUUGCACCUGCCAGCUUUCGCUUAGAUGUCGAAGAACAUCGCUUCCUAUUCUGCUUGUUCAUGUUUUACACCAGUAACAGCUGAACAUUCAAACAAUUACACAAUAUGGAUUUUUUUUAUCAUAGAGUGCUACUACAUACUGUAACGUAAGUGUCCCUUAUAUUUUGGUUAUUAGAUAACUGUGGCUAUUAUGUCCAGGUACAUUUAGUCACUCUCUGAAGGUUAGUGGUGAUAAGUCAUAUUUACACACAGCAGACACGUCGGUACUCAAUCGCUGACAAAUGCCAAUCAAUUCUUGCCAAAAUGGACUACAAACAAUGAAUACACUGAAAAUCCCAUCAUAAUGUUUUUGUGUCAUGUAAUCAGCACAGUGUAAUAACAAAAUAAAAAUACUUUAUUAAUGCUGAGGAAAUUUCUUUAUUACACACUUAAUUCCAAUAUAAAUAUGGAAGAUGGCAAAUAAGUUGAAAAUUGUAAACAAGUAAAAAUAAAAUGAGGUGAAACAUUUGAACAUAAAUAAAUAAAGUUAAACCUGUUUCUUAAAUUCAGGACAGUAACUAUGUUGCCACCUCUGUCUGCUCAUACUUUUUAUUGGUGUUUAAACACGUGUGUGUUUUAUUCCUUUUAAUUCCACUCCAUUAAAAACAGUUUCUGGUACUAAAAGGUACCAGAAAGUCAAACUUUGCUUCCCGAUCGAGGAUAAAGCUUUAUUUGAAUUUUCCCAAAUACUGUAAUGUGACUCAUUGUAGCUGGUUUUCAGUAUUAAAGUUCCAUGUUGUACAUAGUGGACAAGAGCGGUACAGGUCAGAGUAAGAAGCAGUGGUAGGUGGUGUGAUUUACCUUCUGUCACGCCCACUUGGCCAACGAUCUCUCUUCAGCCACUCUCACAGCCCUGACAGGACAUUUCACAGAGAAUUCCUCAUGUUGCUCCAGAUGUUACUGAGCAGGCAGAGCAGCUGCAGUAUAUGUGGCUAUGAUCUUACUUGAAACUGUAUUCUGUGGGAAAUUUGUAGUAGAUCACGCUCUUUGUGUGCAUCUGUUGUGUUUGUUUUCUUGUACUAAAUAAUUAAAAAACUCUUAACUCUC